AUGCGGCAGCUGCAGGGCAGCAGCUGGAGGAAGUUUGGGCAUGCCGGCCGGGGGACAUACGAAUGGUUAACCAGCGAACCGAGCCUGCCUUUUCCGGAAACCCAGCUGCAGGGCACCCAGAGGGGAAGUUCCGCCAGGGAAGACGUGGAGCCCUUCCUGUGCAUCCUUCUUCCAGCCGCCGGCUUGCUCCUCCUGGCCUUUCUGCUGCUUCUCCUGCUCCGACGCUGCAGGGCCUCCCGGCCCCAGGGGCAGGCUUUCAGCAUCGACCUCCCAGAGCACCCACCGGCCAGAGAGGAGGCUGACCUCCUGCCGGGCUCACCCUGGAGCAGCGAGCCUGGCUUCCCGGGCUCUGCCUUCUCGGAGGGUUUACCGCCCUCCUAUGAGGAGGCCACCAGGAACCCCCCUGGGGAAGAGGCAUGGGAUGGGCUCCCUCAGCAUGAAGAGGGCUCGCCUGGACCGGAGGAGCUCAUAUAA